CUUCUUCUUCUAGCUCGCCUGCCUCGGCGUUCCUAAGGUACUACUACUAAUCGUUAACUCUUCUUUUCAACUCCUCCUUCUAAAGGGCCUUUCUUCUUACACUCGCUGUUUGUUGUCUUGUGUCCACAUUCUUCAAAAUCAACACACACACACACACACACUUCCAUCAUCACCCCGUAUUCAGAGCGCGUUCUAUCGCACUCCAUCGUGAUCACUCCCACUCUCGAAAGCUACCCAAUUGCUUCGACAUCUCCGCCCACAUAAUGUCUCUCUCAAAGUACGCCGUGCCUGUUCUGGCCGUCGCUGGCUCUGCCUACGCUGCCUGCAGUGCUUCUCCCUCGCCCACCGUCACCGUCCAGAACGCUGGUGAUGUCGCCGCUUUCACUACCUGCCGUACCUUCUCUGGCAGCAUCGCCGUCGCAACCGGCGCCACCGACUUCCAGCUCAGCGGCGUCCGGGAGCUCAAUGGCAACUUGGUCGUCUUGAACAACACCCAGAUCAGUGGCAUCUCGGCCGACAGCUUGGAGACCAUCAAGGGUACCUUCAGACUGGACAACCUCGAGUCCCUCACCAGCCUCAACUUCCCCAAGUUGACCCAGGUGGAGGAGAUCGAGUGGACUUCCCUCUCCAGGCUCGACACCAUUGGCUUCGACUCCGAGGUCACAGAGGCCGACUCUGUCAAGAUUGAGAACACUUUCCUUUCCUCCCUCAAGGGAAUCAACCUUGCCACCGUCAAGACCCUCAAGCUUGCCAAUAACAAGCAGAUCAACGAUAUCACCAUGGAGAACCUGGGCAAUGUGUCUGAGAUUCUCGACUUCUCGGACAACAACGUUGACGUCAACGUCUCCCUUCCCAACUUGCUCUGGGCUUCCAACAUGACCUUCCGCAACGUCUCCUCCCUGGAUCUGCCCUCCCUCGAGACCCUCAACGGCUCCUUCAACUUGGUCAACAACGCUUUCUUGAGCUUCAAGGCCCCCAAUCUCACCACCAUUGGCGGUGCUCUCUCCUUCGUCUCCAACACCGAGUUGACCAACCUCACUCUCCCCGAGCUGACCGAGGUCAAGGAGAACCUCGAGAUCGCCAACAACACCAAGCUCCACAAGAUUGACGGCAUUCCCAAGCUCAAGACCAUCCGCGGUGCUCUUGACUUCAACGGAAACAUGUCCGAGGUUGCCCUUCCGGCCAUCAACCACAUCUUCGGUGCCUUCAACCUCCAGUCUACUGGCGAUAUUGACUGCGACAAGGACUUCAAGCCUCUCAAGUCCUCCGGCAAGAUCGAGGGAAGGUACUUCUGCAAGGGCAAUGUCGCCAAGCCCGGUGGUGAGGGCACCACCCCCACUGUCACCGGAUCAGGAGCUUCCAAGACCAACGCUGCUUCUCCCGCCAAUGUUGGAUCUAAUGUCCUCAUGGCUGGUCUCGCCGCCGCCUUCUUCUUGUAACCGACUCAUGACGCUGGCGUUUCACUUUACCAACAUAGACUAAUAAUUCGACAAUCUGUGUCCUUUCUAAACAUAUGGUCCCGUGCACAGACCCUCCUAGACUGCUGAAAGAUUGCAUUUGUGGGGCCGGAAGAAGCAUUGCGAAGGGGGGAAGGAUCGCUCAACGUACAUGAUAUGCGCGUAUCGAUUGGCUAGUGAGGGCCGCAGCUUAGCGGAACUGUAAUACGGGCACACGGUGGCCUACCUUCGAAUGUUUCGUCCGCCUGGAGUUUGGCGGGUGCCUUUUUGGGGGCGGCAGAAAUCAUGGCUCGGUGCUUUCUCUCUCCUUCUCUCAUUCAUUUUUGUGUCCAUAGGUAGGCGCUCUCUAUAUCAUGUAUGCUACAGCGAAAAUGCAUUUCUUUAUCAA